AUGGCGACUACAACCGUCGGGAAAAACUACCAUGCUGGUGGUCGCUUCGUAAGACCGGACAGCACUUUUCGCAACUUCAUCUCCAGGGACCCAGAGUCCCAGUUUCCAGCUGAAGCUGGACGAUAUGCACUAUACGUAUCGCCUGGUUGCCCAUGGGCUCAUAGAACGCUCAUUGUUCGCCUACUCAAAGGCCUCGAAUCCAUCAUUGAUGUGUACCAAGUGCACUUUGUCAUGGGCCCGGACGGAUGGUAUUUCAGUGGAGAGGGCGACUCGCUCCCUGAAGAUCCGCUGCAUGGUUUCAAGAAGCUGAGGGAGCUUUAUUUGAAAGCUGAUCCCAAUUAUGAUGGCCGCUACACUGUUCCUGUGCUGUGGGACAAAAAGGCUGAUGUACUCGUAAACAACGAGUCAUCCGAGAUCAGUCGAAUGCUGUACUCGGAAUUUGAUCACCUCCUGCCCGAAAAUCUGCGAGAAGCCAAUCGACCAGGCGGGGGGCUGUACCCCGAACAUUUACGGCCGCAAAUUGAUGAGCUCAACGCUUGGGUGUACGAUACGGUGAACAAUGGUGUUUACAAGACUGGCUUCGCCAAGACUCAAGAGUCGUACGAGGAGAACCUCGGCAUCUUGUUCAAGUCUCUUGACAGGUUGGAAAAGACACUCGAACACGGUAAACAAUUCCUGCUGGGUGAUCAUUUGACAGAAGCAGAUAUCCGAUUAUACACCACAUUGGCUCGGUUUGAUGUUGCAUAUCACCCGGUUUUCCUCUGCGACCUCAAAAUGAUUCGACACGAUUAUCCGCGACUGCAUCUCUGGCUGCGUCGGCUGUACUGGAACAAAGAUGAGGACGGUGGUUUCCGAGGAGCUUUCCACAAGACGACGGCGCCAUAUAUCGGCAAGUAUGGCUAUGGAUAUGCCCACUCGCGUCACAAGAUUGUCUUUGGGGACCAAGGACCAUUGAUUGUUCCAGCAGGGCCAGAAAUCAAGAUGGUGUCACUGGAUGAAUAG